AUAACCCCGGCAACCGAAGAUCCUUCGGGAACUGUUACAGCCCCGACAACUGCUGAACCUUCAGGAACUGUCCUAACCCCGAUAACUGCUGAUCCUUCGGGAACUCUCCCAGCCCCGACAACUUCUGAUCUUGCGGGAACUGUCACAGCCUCGACAACUGUUGAUCCUUCGGGAACUGUCACAUCCUCGACAACUGCUGAUCCUUCGGGAAAUGUCCUAACCCAGACAACUGUUGAUCCUUCGGGAACUGUCACAUCCCCGACAACUGCUGAUCCUUCGGGAACUGUCACAGCCCCGACAACUGCUGACCUUUCGGGAACUGUCACAGCCCCGACAACUCCAGACCCUUCGGGAACUGUCACAGCCUCGACAACUGCUGACCCUUCGGGAACUGUCCUAACCCCACCAACUGAUGAACCUUCGAAAAAUGUUACCACCUCGGUCAAGGAUGAUGCUUCGGGGAAUGUUACAAACCAGGGCGCUGGACAUCUUCCGGACUAGCAUACAGCAUAUGCAGCUAUCGAACCUAUUGGAAAUGAAACCACAUCGGAAACUGAUAGUCUUACGAAGAAUGAAAUAUCUUCUGAGAUGGAAAAGCCUAACACGAAUGAUACAGCAUUGGGAACAGGUCAACCUUCUGGGAAUGAUACAUCAUCUGGAAUUUAUAAGCCGCCGGAAAAUGGUGUAUCAUCGGGAACUGAUGAUCAUUUGAAACAAUAUUCAUCAUCGGGACCGGAUAAAUCAACAUCUGGAGAGAAUCAAGUUAGGAAAAGGAGGCAAGAAAUGACGUGGUCGAACGAUGCGGUCCUAAAUGAAGAGUUCUGUCGCGGAUAAGAGAAAUAUGACGCAGAAAUGACGUGCCGUAGAUACGUGUCAAGUUUCCAGAACGUGACAUUGACUGACGAAGACUGCAACAGAGAUUCCAGCCAAGACAGAGACUACGAAUGCGUUCAUCCAAACACCAAGUAUUGGGUGGCUACCCACGUGUCCAGAGGUCAGUGUGAUCUACCCAGCCUAAGCAGCAUCUCAGGAGACGAGGUCUGCUAGCUCGAGUACUACAACAAGACCGAGUGCCCGCCUCUAUAUGGGUUCUGGCAGACCGUUGGGUCGGACGCGUACGUCACUCGGAUGACCAUCAUGCCCCUGGGCAUGAUCUAUGCCCUAUUUGUGGUGGUUGUGCUCUUGUUGGCGCUGUGGCACUCGGUAGACGAGUACAGGUUCGGCUAAUGUCUUUGUGCGCAGUGUGAGAUCAUCGGGCACGCGUCGGGAUUUGCUCCUUCGUACAUCAUGACAGCGCAUCCAGUCCCAGAAAAUUCCAGUCUCACGCUCCCUUCUGCACCUGAAAUAAAUAAUUCAACACGAAGAUGUAAAUGGGUUAACCAUGAUACGGCUUCGUCAUCAAAGAUGGACUUUAUCCCACAAGAAAAUGUUGGAGCGAGAAAUGCAAAUGAGAGGUAAAGUACAGAGGGAAGACCCUGUUGCAGGAUCUCAAACCGAACGGAAGCACACGAGAUGUCAGUCCUUGGCAGCGAAGGAUUCCAACAAUUACAUGGCAAUGAGGAACCGCGUUAAGGAAAGGAUCGCCAUGUUGGAUGUGGGGCCUCUAGGGACCACGAAGAAGUGAGGGCCAAACUCGGCCCUGGCGUGAACGAUAUUUGGGGCUCGUUUCUUGACCCUGACAUUGAGUGUGACUGCGGCUUAAACCCUCCGAUUACCAAAUCAUCGUUCGCUAAGAAAAUUGUAAGUGAUGUUCUGAAGGAUUCGUAGUGCGAUUCCCUGCCUACGGUUGGCCAAUUCCUACCGAAAUUUCUGGUCUCGUGGCCGCUGUCCUGGGCACCGUAUUCAGCUGCGGUCGCUGUGAAGGAUUGUAAAUUCGAGAAUGAGGUCCUCGAGAUCUGAUGUGGUAUGCAGAACAGCACAGCCGCAAAAACAUAUUUCUCUUGAAAAAAUUAUUCGAUGUAUGAGUUAUCUUCUUUGAAAAUCUGUGUUAUAAGUGCCUAAUAUAUACAGAUUCCACGAGAUAUAUGGAAAUAUUUUAAUGUACGUAGUUGUGAUUCCUAUUUUAACCAAUAGUAGGAUGGAUAUACCGGUCGGAGGCUUCAAGAUUUAUUAUUUUCUCGAAAUCACGCUGAAUUCUUUGUACAACCAGUCAUUAAUUACCUGAUAAAA